UGUCGUUCAACGAAGAAGAGCAGACAGGAAACUGGUGGACGCUGAUGCUUCUGCAACGCCAUUGUAGAUAUUUUCUUUCACUUUUGAUUUUUUUUCAUUGGGAUUACAGUAUAAGUCCUUUAGCGUUACGAGAAAUGUAACCGGACUAUUAAUUAAUCUUCAUUUGUUUGAUCACUUCCAAUUGAACUGCGCAUACCAGACAAGGAACCACAAUCAUCCUCCCACAUGGCAUAUCCGCAUGAUCAAAAAUCGAUCAGAAGGGUCUACGAAGAGCGCUUCCCUGCAAUGGAUUCCCGACAGGUGACUCUCCAUCGGGUGGUCAAUAUUGUUGACGAGAGGAGCCCAAUGCCUCGGCUACAAGUGGGAUAUGACAGACGUUUUGAUGAUGACCAGUGGUAUGGCGGUCCUCAAAAUUACCGCGAUGCAAGAGAAUGUUACGGAGAUGAAGGCUUCCCGCCCAAUGACCGUCGUCGCUACUUUGAUGACAACCCACAUUGCAAUUUUCGCAGGAAUAUCUCACAAAAUGAGGGUCCGUCCUCUCCACAGUGGUAUGGCAGAGAUGAUUUGAGGCAUCAGUUAGACUCGAGAAACAGCGGCGGAAGCGGCCCUCAUUUCCAAAGCUGCGGUCAAGUGUCGGGCCUUCCUCGGAGUCACAGUCCUCCGCCAGUAGCAGUCAAACGGCGGAGGAGGGCAGCCCGUCCGCCUGCACCUGUCCGCUCCAGAUCGAACACCAGCAGCCGCAGCUUCUCCCACGACCGAGAGAAAGGCUUCCCCCCCCAGCCGGCCCAGCAGAGAUAUCUGCCCAGUGUGAUGAUGAGCUCUGUGGAGGAGUCGACUCGCAGCUCAGGCUGCUCAAAGGAAAAAGCUUCUGUAGCGGAGACUGAGGAGGCGGUGGCUGCCGGCGUUGAGACUGAUGAGGCGGUGGGUGCCGGCGUCGAGACUGAGGAGGCAGUGGCUGCAGGCGUCGAGACUGAGAAGCCGUGCUGCCGCGUCGAGACUGAGGAGCAGGUGGCGUCAGCGAUCAGACUGAGGAGGCGGUGGCUGCAGCGUUUAGCUGAGAAGCCGUGGCUGCCGGCGUGGAGGCUGAGGAGCGGUGGCUCCCACGUUGAGACGCCGCUGCGGCGCCGAAACCGAAGAGCUGCAGCUGCCGGCGCGGAGACCGAGGAGGCGACGGCUGCCGGCGCGGAGACCGAGGGGGCGCCGGCUGCCGGCGCGGAGACCGAGGGGGCGCCGGCUGCCGGCGCGGAGACCGAGGAGGCGCCGGCUGCCGGCGCGGAGACCGAGGGGGCGCCGGCUGCCGGCACGGAGACCGAGGGGGCGCCGGCUGCCGGCGUGAAGCUGACACCGGAGGAAGCCUUUCAGGCUCGCUGGUCGGAGGCCGUUAUUGCCAAGGUUCUGGAAAUUGAGACGCAAUACAGGAGCGACUGUGAGACCUUCUGCAUUGUGGUGAAGAUGUUGUUGAACAAGGAGCCCCGUUUGGGUACUUUGCUGGAAGUUCCAUUGGCCGAGAACCUGUCGGAGCUCAAAGAUCGCUACCUGGACGCCCUGAAGGAGUUUGUGGAGAAGCUGCCAGACACCUCUGCAUAAACGAUAGUGUUACAAAACAAUGCUAUGUGUUAAUAUUCACCUGUAUUACUAUGUAAAAAAGAAGAAAAAAAAAGAUCUGGUAGUGACACAAUAAUUGUUCAAAUUGCUGUGUGGUCACAUUAGAAACAUGUAGUACUUGAAGUUGUAAAUUGCCAUGUUACUGUUUCUGGAAAGAAUUAUACUUUUUAAUAUCCAGCUGGGAUUUUUACUUUUUAAAUAGAAUAUAAAUGAAAUAUUUUCCUUGUCUCAUUGUUGAAUCCUACUCAUAGUUGCCUAUUACAACUGUGUAUGUUACUGUUUCUGGAAAGAAUUAUACUUUUUAAUAUUCAGCUGGAAUUUAUACUUUUUAAAUAGAAUAUAAAUGAAAUAUUUUCCUUGUCUCAUUUUUGAAUGAACUGUUGUAUUCAGUCUUUUGGGGUUUUAUCAACUGUUUUACUCUACCAGUAAUUAUAUUUCUUGCAGACAAGGCUGUUCAACUAACGACUGCUCACAACUGUAUUAAAUGGUAUUAAGUCCA